CGAGUUCUGAGGUAGGUCCAACAUCACAGUCCCUCACCAGGAAGCGAAAUGCAGGUUGUGUUACCAGGGAAGACGCCUUGCUGGACCGUUCAGUGAGAGGAAGAGGCAAAACCGGGUCGUGGGCAACGCAGCGACCCACUUGGGCCACCUCCUGUUGAGGAAGGGGUUAAACUGUGGUCAGAAUUAACCAUGAUACUCGCUGAAGACACCAGCAGUUCUCGAUAGUCAUGAAGCUGUGUGGAGCGCAGUGAUGGCUCAAGACUUCUGCAGGUGAAAAGUGGAUUUGCAGCCCAAACAUGAACAUCUUCAUCUUAGUAGCUUUAUUCCUGGCCCCUAGGACGCUCGGAGUCACUGUUGACACACUCGGUGCCGCCGACCUGCAGCCGUCGAACAGAAAUACUCGACAGGACCAGAGAGUAAAACCAGGGACUAUUACAGUCAUGAGACCUCCACCGUUUCCCGCUCAUGAACUUGGAUUCCGGUCUCAUCCACGACCACCAGUGACGUCACACAGUAGACAUCCGUUCAAUAAGAGACCGCCCUUAAUUCAAAUUAUGUCAUCGCCAAAGUUUCCAAGCCACCAACAAGACAUCAGAAAUAGUCGUCCACUUUUUCCUCGGUUUCCUCAAGGAUUUUCUACACAGAGUAAUUCACCGGAAAAUAUUAGACAUCACGUUGUCUUUAACCAAAAAAUUGUGGAUACUACAAGCCGGAAACCUCUGCAAUUCAGUGAUCCAUCCGACAGUACCAAGUCAGAGUCAACUUUCAAUAAACAAGUGGUAUCUCUUCCGCACAGACAACAAUACCAACUUCCUGGUCCUAUUUACCAGCAAGAUCAUAAACAGCAAUUAAUUUCGUCAAACACAGAGAACCCAUUAACAAUACACCAAAACCGAAUUGUACAAAAAGCAACACCUUCAAGAAAUAACUGGAGCCAGGAUGGGGAAAAAUACAGUAAAGGAACUCCUGUAGAAAAUAAUUUUCGAAGUCAUCGGUAUACCACAAAUCCUCAGCCUUCUCAGUUCACUGCAGGGUCUGAACAUAAACAGUUGCCGGUGUUUUUCCCAAACGCGUCUAGCCAUCAUAAUUUGGAGCCCAACGUGCAGUUUAGUCAGAGUAUUGAGGCCAGCGAGCACCAUUCAAUUUAUCACGCUCCGGUUACCCUAACUGACCCCAUCCCACCGCCCUCCGCAAUAAGAAUAACAAAACCUCCUACUUUUGGACCAACGACGAGAUCGCUUCCAGAAAAUAAGCUCAGGACCACUUCUGCUCCAGAUCCGAGGAAGAAAGUGACUCUGAAAGACAUACUUCUUGAGGAUUGCCCAGAGGCUAAAGAAAUGGGUUACUGUGCUUCUCCUCCAAGAUAUCCCUCGCAACAGAUGUCGCAGUUGAUGAGGCGAUGUGCAGAUUUGCUCUCGUCCCUAUAUGCGCCGGUACCCGAGGAUGCGGACGAUGAAGACGCGGGGGACACAACCCCGUAUUCCUCCAACAGCACGGGGGGAGUGGAGAGGGGAAACAGACACGUAUGGUCGUGGGCGCGACCUGGAGAGACACAGCAGACAGUAUGUGACUCGGAGAGACAGCGCAUCGAACCCGGAUACGUGCUAGAGUCACCCAGCGGGCGCUGGUAUGUCGUGCUACAAGCCAGCUCACUGAAACAGCAGAUCACGCUCGAUAAAUGUCGUAACGUGGGCAAGCCAUGCACUGCCACGAGGUGCUCCCGAGGAAACGGUUUCCGCAACAACGCAGCCAAAUCGAGCCGUUGUGUCCAGCGCUACUCGUAUUCGCAUUUAGUGACAUGGGACCCGGACAAACCAGAGCUUUGUCCCAGGAUAAGGGUGUUCCGUUUCCCCACAGCUUGUGUGUGUUAUUUAAUACACUCGUGAGUGUUCCCGCGAACCAACAUAUGCAGACGUACGGCAAAAAGGAGAGCAUUACGCAGAAAAUAUGACACACUGUGAAUUCUUAAGAUUCUCUGACACACUCCUGAUCAGCUAGAAGUCUUACAGCUUCGAAUUGACAUUCACCAUCGAAGAUGUAUACUUUGGUCUCUAACAAACAGGUCGACACUGGGACCCACCCAGCCUACAGUCUAUUGCAUACUGGAAGCAUCUUUACGGGAGGAAAAGCGGCCGUGGCGUAAAACUGACCAUUCAUCUCCGUCUCGUGCCAAAGUUUAUGAUGUGUUAUUUAAUUAAGCAUACGGACAGCUUCGGUUUUACCCUCGCGGAUUGUUUUUGUUACAUUGAUUAUGGAAUGGAA